CUACAAAUCCCAAUCCAGACUGGAGCUGAGCAUUUCCCUGAUCACUCUCAGGGAAUCCACCCACCAGAUCAGCAGGAGGUGGAGGGUGGGAAAACAUAUAAAGCUCCCUGGGAGCAGUUCUCUUUGACUGGCCCUGCUGCACGGAUCUGCUCUCAGCAUGAAGACACUUCUGGUUGGGUUCCUCCUUGGCCUGGCAUACGUGGAGUUGGCCCAGUCCUUACGAUGUUACACCUGCAAGGAACCAACAGACAUUGCAAAGUGCAGAACAGCCACCCUGUGCCCCCCAAAAGCCACUGUGUGCACCACAACCCUGCACUCUGUAGACUCAGGUUACCCCUUUUUUGGCAACAUCACCGUGACCAGAGGCUGUGAGGAGGAAUGUCUUGCCUUUAAUGGGAUAGGAUCAAACAAACCCAAGUCGUGUUGCUACACCGACCUCUGCACCGAUGACACCAAGAUUGGCAGCGGGGUAGGAAGCAGCCCUCCAGCACUGGGUCUGAUGGCCAUGGUUGUUGGCACGGUCAUCCGGUGUGCUUUGUAAUGUCACAGGUGUCCAUGCUCCAGCCAAAACAUUCUCACCCUUCUCCCAAGCUCCUUCACCUUGGGAAUAAUCUUCUCUGCUGCUGCAUCACGUCACUCAUCUUCAGAGCUCUCAAGUCAAGUCAAUUCAAACCAAGAGUUUGGGCACCUGGACUUAAACCCCUCCAAUUACUACUAGUUUUCAGCUGUUAAUCAGAUGUGCUCCUGGUCCUCAGGACCCACAGUUUCCCCUACAGCUUCCUCCUAUGGGGAGCAGCACUGAAUGAAGCUCUUCAGCUCUAUGCAGCAGGAUGACCUAAGCAAUGCCAUCAAGGCUGAGGUUUAGGCAUCAUCCUUGGGAAGAGUAAAGGCUGUAUGUACACUGGGUAUGGACAAUGCUUUUUUCUCCAGGUCUUCUCAAGCUCUCACACAACUUGUGGCUGUG